UGGGGGGGCGGGCUCGCAAGGCCGAGUGAGCGGAAUGGAGGUCCGCGGCGAGCCCCAGGCCGGCGCCAGCUGCUCGUCGUCCCCCCGGGGACGCUCGGCGGGCCCGGUGUCCAAGGAGCUGCUGACGGCCGGGAGCGGCGGCCGCGGAGGUAUAUGGGACAGGUUACUCAUCCAGCCCAAGCCUAACUGCAGAAAAAAUGCCACUCUUCAAACAGUUCGGGUAGAGAGGAGUCCCUUGUUGGACCAAGUGCAGACCUUUCUCCCACAGAUGGCUCAGGCAAAUGAAAAGCUUAGAAAAGAAAUGGCAGCUGCAUCACCUGGUCGUUUCAAUAUUGAGGAUAUUGAUGGGGCUCUUGGAAAAGUUAUACAAAUGGAUGUGGCCUUGUUUGAGAUGAAUCAAUCCAAUUCCAAAGAAGAGGACAGUUCAGAAGAGAGUUUGCAAGACAGCUCGGAGGACAGCUCAGAAUCUGAGGAGGAAGAUGAUAGCACUGCUUCUGAAGUCACCAUAGAUAACAUUAAGCUUCCUCAUUCAGAAGAUGGAAAAGGCAAGAUUGAGGUUUUGGACAGCCCAUCCAGUAAAAAAAUAGAAAUAGUAAAAUAAAUGGUCUCAGACACAGGUGAUGUAUGCCUACUUGUUCUGCAGAAAAAAGAAUAAUGGCUUGCUGGUUGUUCUGCAUUUCAGAUAUCUGUGGUGCUUUUAUGUAUCAUUAGAUGUAUCUUGUUUCUCAGAGAAACAAAAGCUACCUUUUAAAGAGCUGGAAUAGGUAGCAUUUGAGGAUUUUCUAUGAGCAGACUGUCUUUGAUCUUACACUAAAGAGAUUUCAUUUAGAAAGCUUAACUGUAUGUGUGGUGAUGAGUGAAUUUGUUUGGCAUCUUCGUUCUUUGGCAUAGACUUCAGAAAUCAAAAAUUCAUUUUAAAGUAAAAAUACAAAUCAUUUAUUUGUUUUUUAAAAUUUAUUGUCUUAAAUGAAACAAUCUGGGCUAUUUCUUUAGGUCAUUAUAAAGUCAAAUUUAUUUAUCAAUCAUCACUGUGGGUUCAAUGGGGAAGAAAUUUUUAAGAGAAAGAAAUUUUUUACAGAGAAAAGAAUUACUUAUAUUCAGCUGCCAUCAGGUGUAUCUACUUUCAUUAAAAAACAGAAAAGUCCUUGCCAGGUUGAGCCGGAAAUUUGGCGCUCUGUGGCUUCACCACUGUUGGUGACUCUGCAGCCACUCAGUGUAUAGAGAAUUUACUGGUUAGAAAAAUUCAUGCUUUCUUUGUUUUUUGUUUUUCCUUCUCUUUCAUAAGGCAGAUUUUUGUUUCAGCUAUUAAAACUCUUCUAGAUGGUUGCCCACAGUUUAAAACCUCUCAAAUAUAGAAAAUAAGGGACAUCGCAGAAACAACAGGGUGUGGUACAAAAAAAUGUAACAGUUGCUUUUUCCCUUUCAAAGGUCAAAAUUAUCCUAUGCUGCAGGUGCCUUUUUGCCUCAUUCUUGACCUUAUUAAAUUUGUUUCAGAUCUCAUCUGCCAAGGGACUGACUUUGCUCAGGAUAUAGGCCUGAGAAUUUAAAGGACCAUUUCUAAGUAGGUUGAGCUGAUGACAUUUGUCCCCUAAUGUUUUAGGGCUCUCUUUUACCUUUUUUCUACUCCUCACAUUAGCUCGAGACCUCUUGUUAGUACUCUGAAACGAACAGAUCUGGAAAUGAGACUCUUCAGCUGGAAACGUUAUUGUCCUCUAUUUAGUAGCACCAAACAUAACUGUGAUGUGUUAUUGGUGUAAAUAGUUAAAGAUCAGCUCCUACCAGCUAAUAUCUUAUGCUACGCGUGGGAAGAGUUAGUUGCAUUUGUUUGGUUCACUACUUAGCGUGGUGGAUAGUACCAACUAGGCUCUGGAUAAUGUGUUAAGUGACUUAAUGGGUAUAUGAGGGUAUAUAGGGAACUUUAAGCCAUGGUAGGCUGCUCCACGCAGUAGGGUAUGAAGGUGUAACUUCACAGGAAAUACAUAUCCAAGUGGAAAUAUGCUGAGUGAUUGGUGAGAGACCAGUCAGUCUAGAAAUAUGUACUAGUGUAUAGAAUUUUAAUAGUUCCCUCCUGCCAUGGCUGUCUUGUGUACCACAUCAAGCCUGUCUGUACUGUGAAGGAAGUCAACUAAAUUCAAGUCCAUUUGUGUUACCACCACUCAGUCAUAUAUAAAAAUGUGUUGAGUCACAAAUUUCACAUUCGUUCCUGCACUUUGCUGUGUGCAUGUUACACCUUAAUUAAAAAGCUGUUUUGUCUGUCAACAGUUUGCCCUUCAGUGCAUUGGAAAGUAAAUCACUGUUGUGCUUUGGUUAGUCUGACCUGUGCUUUUUCUGCCCGGUGCUUGGGUGUGAGACGUGGCAGCCAUUUGGACAGGCAGUUCUGUUCCUGCUAAGGAACUGUCUGUGACAGUUAUAAAUCAGAAAAUCAGGUGCAAUGGUCUUUGAAGCAAAAAUUUCAUUCUGAGUGAAUCUCCUGUCCAUUCCCACAAUAUUUUAAUUGUGCAUUAAAUAUGGUACUUAUAAAAAAAAAAAAA